ACCGGACCGCCCGUUACACACUCGUCUCACCUCUCUCUGCCUCCGCUGCGGCGCCACCGCUCGCCGUCGCCGACGAUGACGAUCUUGGAGGCGGCGGCGCCCCUGAGCUACCGUAUGGCCCCGUGCGGCCCACGGGGAAGCCCCCAGCUUCCUCCAUGGCGGCGCAUCAUUUCGCCUUCCUCCUGCAGGCUUUGCACACUAAUUUCCAGACAAUUUCCCAUUUGCAAUGCACAAUCAUAUACAGAUGAUUUGUGGUUAUCUAGUGGUAGUGCUCAAAGCUCCACGGCUGUUCGGUCAAGGUUACUUGCUGCAGAAAGAGAGGAAGCGAAAGCUGUGCUAUCACUAUUUUUAAGACAGAAAGGUUUGAGAAGUAUACUGGCGGCACGGAUUGUCAAUAAGGCAGAUGGUUUCAUUGAGCAUUUGGUUUCAAAGCUCCAAAUUACUUACAGAUCACGAUAUGCUGAAGGAAGGGAACUUAGCACACCUGAGAUUAGAGAUGCUUUGAUUCCAUAUCUGGAAGCCCUAUCUAAAGAACAUGGAGAUGGUUUGGUUGAGGUGGUGGAGAAUUUUCCUGAUCCGUUUGCUAUGGAACGAGAAGCUUUGUCCUCUUCAAUGUUUCUUACACCCACAAGCUCAAACAAACACAAGGCAAUCGCUCGAAUAAGCACACCAACCUCAGGGGGAGCCCUUCCUGAGCUAGUGCUCUAUCUACUGGACCUUGGCAUGGAUCAUGAAGAGAUCAAGAAUGUCGUGCGGAAAUUCCCAGCAUUUGCAUAUUACAAUGUGGAUCGCAAAAUAAAACCUCUGGUGGCGCUGCUACUUGAGCUUGGUGUGCCAAGGUCAAACAUACCAGGAAUCAUCAAGAAGAGACCUCAACUAUGUGGAAUCAGCUUGUCUGAUAAUCUGAAACCUAUGAUGACUUAUUUGGAAAACAUCGGUGUCAACAAAGAUCAGUGGAGCAAGGUGCUUUCCCGGUUCCCUGCACUUCUCACAUAUAGCAGGCAGAAGGUAGAGACAACUGUGAGCUUUCUCACUGAACUAGGAGUUCCUAGGGAAAACGUUGGCAAGAUUCUGACACGAUGCCCUCAUAUCAUGAGCUACAGUGUCAAUGACAAUCUCAGGCCAACUGCUGAAUAUUUCCAGUCAAUUGGUGCAGAUGCUGCAUCUCUUAUUCAGAAAAGCCCACAGGCUUUUGGUCUGAACAUUGAGGCAAAGCUAAAGCCGAUCACAGAAUUUUUCCUGGAGAGAGAUUUUAGCAUAGAAGAAAUUGGCAUUAUGGUGAAUAGAUUUGGGAUUAUUCACACUCUCAGCAUGGAAGAUAAUCUGCGUCCCAAAUAUGACUAUUUCUUGACAAUGGGAUACCCAAGGAAUGAGCUAGUGAAAUUUCCACAGUAUUUUGGAUACAGUUUAGAGCUGCGGAUAAAACCUCGGUAUGCUCGGAUGAUUGAUUGCGGAGUAAGGUUGAUUUUGAACCAGAUGUUGUCAGUUUCAGAUAGCAGAUUUGGGGAUAUUCUACAAAAGAGGAUGAAUGGAAUAUGAGAUGAUCAUAAUUUCGGAUAACCAUGGUUUGGGCCAAACUUGUUAGAAGAUUUUUGUCCGUUAGUCUGGUACAUCCAUCAAUGGCCGGAUAGUUUAUCAGAACAAGUCAUAUCUUGUAAAUUGCACUUUGCAUUGCAGCUGACGAAUUUUAGAUGGACGGUUUGACGUAUAACUUAGUUUAGCUAUUUUUGGCCUUUUGCAAGCACACUGACUUAUAAUUCUGGCAAAUGCAUUCGAUAUACUGGCUAAAUGCUUGUA